AGUGUUCCAAUGGGAUUAAUUAAGAUAACAAGCCACAUUAUAUAUACCUGCAUUCAGAAAUUGGAUCACAUAUAGAACCUAACAAUUACAUGAAAGGUUGGAUGAGUUUACAUUUUUCUUUGAAGUCCCAUCUGAGCAUGGACCUUUAAAACCGUCUGAAAAAGAAUUAGAAUUGUGUGAAUAUGUAUGUAAACCAGACAUCAAUCAAAUAUUUCAUCAUCAGAGGGAUUUCAGAUGUUCCAGAGGUUCAAUUUACUAUCUUUUUCCUGGUUCUGUUCAUUUAUCUCAUCACACUUGCUGGCAACAUGACCAUUUUUUUGCUUAUCUGCCUGGACCAACAUCUCCAGACUCCAAUGUACUAUUUCCUGGGCAACUUGUCUGUAGUGGAUAUUUCAUGUUCCACCAUCACUUUGCAUAAGAUUCUCACUAGCUUUAUUACACAUGAUAAAACUGUUUCUUACCCUGCUUGCAUGGCACAAAUGUACAUGUUUGGUUCAUUAACAGGCCAUGAACUCUUGAUAUUAACAGCCAUGAGCUAUGAUCGUUAUGUAGCAAUUUGUAAACCUUUACGGUAUCACAUGGUUAUGAAUGGUAAAACAUGUGCUCUGUUGGCAUCUACUUGUUGGCUGGUUGGGUUUUUACAGGUUGCUCCCCCUCUUGGGAUUCUAUAUAGUUUUUCUUGUUAUUCAACAACUGAAAUCAACCACUUCUUCUGUGACAUUGUCCCCUUGAUGAAGAUUUCCUGCAAUGACACUUCAUUUUUGGAAAUGCUAUUUUUUAUAGAAGGUUUGCUCCUCUUCAAUUUUACUCCAUUUGUUCUCACUUUUAUCUCUUACAUUUUUAUUAUUGUUGCCGUCAUGAAGAUACACACCAAUCACGGCAGACAUAAGGCCUUCUACACAUGUUCAUCUCACCUCACAGUUGUCAUAUUGCUCUACACAACUCUUGUAAGCCAAUAUCUGACACCAAACAUAAAUAGCACGUUGGACUCCAAAAAACUUUUUGCUCUGUUUAACACAGCUGCUGUUCCAAUGCUUAAUCCAAUCAUCUACAGCCUAAAAAAUAAGGAUGUGAAAGUAGCUCUUAGGCGAAGCUUAGGAAAAUUCAGAUUGAUACCUUGAAGACAACGGGGUUAAUUUAAUAAAGGCGAAUGGGCUAUUCCCUUUGCAAGGGAGUUUUUUAGUGAAUGAGGGGAUGCUCUGUUGAAUUACACCAUCCAAUCAUGUAGAAGCAUGUGAUUGGGUAUUCAUUGCAAAAUGUAUCUUUACCACAUUCAAGUUAAUGGGAAAUUCCCUUGCAAAGUGGGCAGCCUAUUUGCUUUUAGUAAACCAACCCCAAUUUGUUUUAAAUUUGCUAUUUGUUUUAAAACAAAAAACUAUAUAUUUUUCUAAACUUAAUUACAUAACAUGUUAGGCUUCAUAUAUAAGCUCAUAUGUGGACUAGUGAAAUAUCUAAUCAAUGGAUAAUUAUUUUGUUGAAUGUUGCAAAAUAGUUGCCACCAGUUUCAAGUUUUCACAGUUAAUAUUAAUAAUUUUGUUGUUCCAGGGUCCAUACUAAAUUCAUAUUUGAAUCUGGAAUUUUUCUGUUAGCAAAAAAUGUUUUCUCA